UUCAAGAGGCCCCGGAGGGGGGACCGGGGCCGGCCCGGUUGUGGUGGGCCGGGGGGGGUGUCGGUGCGCGGCGCGGGUCGGUCCGGCUCUCACGGCCGCUCUCUCCGCAGGCCGCCAUGACCAAGCUGGGGCAGUGGCUGUGUGGAUUCGUCCUGCUGGGCUCGGCCUGGGCCGCGCUGGCACUGGCGCCGCCAGGGCUGCGGUUGCCGGCCCCGUGCCGGCAGGCCCUGCUGCCCCUGCCUGUCUACCUGCUGGUGGCCUUCGGCUGCUACUCCCUGGCCACCGUGGGCUACCGCCUGGCUACCUUCAACGACUGCGAGGAGGCAGCUGCCGAGCUGCAGGAGCACAUCAGCGUGGCACGGGCAGACCUGAGCCGACGAGGGCUGCGCUUCUGACCCCAAUAAAGCUGAGGGACUGUG